ACUUGGCUACGUCCUUUUUCCCUAACCCUGCGACCUUGACCGAACCCAAUCACGACUGGCCUCGGCGAAUUCUCAACCAAGUUCCUCCUUCGUCAUGGCGCCCAAGUCCUCCAAGGCCGCUCACGACGAUACCAAGUCUGAAAGCACUGCCCCCAAGGAGAAGCAAACACCUGGCUCUGGUGGGCAUCACUCGAACGGAAAGCUGCGCCGUGUGGCCAGCUCGACUGGUUCCCAGUUGCGGGAAGUAACAAACGCCAACGCCGCCGCGGAUGUUCAAGUCGCUGCAAAGGAGACGGCUCAGAACCCAGGGAUACAAUGGAGUACAUUUGACCGAGAAACCCUACAUGCAUACCGACGCGAGCACCAUCUCAACACCCCCACCUCGUUUUCCUGCUCCUACCGCCAAUUGGUCCUCUCACGGCCCGGUGGCAUCGGCCUACACUCCCCCACGAUGGCUCGGAAGAAGGAGAACAGAAGACAGAGCAAAGAACAGCUCACAAUGUCAGUGCGGAAGCACUUCAAUGGGCUUGGGAUCCAGGAGAACGAUGUCAUUGUCGACUUCAUUCACAAGGUUAGGAGCCACGCUAUCACAAAAAGCGACCGCCACAAAAGGUCUACAUCAACACCUCACGACGCAUGACAACCUUGUAUAAUGGACAAAGGGAUUCCUUGGGAACUGGAAGUAUCGACGAGAGCUGACCGAUAUACGAUUGUGUCGCUGCUGGAGCAUAGCCUGGCCGACUGUUUGGG